AUGACCCAGACCCCCAGUGACCUGCUGCUCUUCUCCCUGGAGGAGCUGUUGCCCUACGAAUUCGAGAAGUUCAAGUUCAAGCUGCAGAACGCCAGCCUGGAGAGCGAGCACCGCCACAUCCCCCGGGGCCAGCUCCAGCUCGCCAAGCCCGUGAAGGUGGCCUCUCUGCUGGUCAGUCACUACGGGGAGCAGUUUGCCAUGCGGCUGACCCUGCACAUCCUGAGGGCCAUCAACCAGCACCUCCUGGCAGAGAAGCUGCACCGUGCCCUGGGCCCAGGGAGGCCGUGGCAGCAGGCGGGGUGUCCCCUCUGCCCAGCCCAGGAAGGAACCCCAGCCGGGGCGUCCUGUGUGCAUGGUCCCUGCAGCUACUCCAUGGAGCCUGCGAGUCCCAGAGCCUCCGGCAGCCCCAGCGCCCAGCUGCUGCCGCAGUGUGAGCGGCACAUGAAGCAGGCCCGGCUGCUCUUCUGUGAGGACCAUGGGGAGCCCAUCUGCCUCAUCUGCAGGCUGAGCCAGGAGCACCGCGACCACCGGGUGCGCCCCAUCCAGGAGGCGGCCCUGGAGUACAAGGAGCACAUUCAGAAGCAGCUGGAGCACCUGAAGAGGCUGAGAAAAUCAGGGGAGGAGCGGAGAUCUCAGGGGCAAAGUGAGACAGUGAACUUCCUGAAAGAAAUCGGAAUCCAGAAGCAGAAGGUCCAGUGCCAGCUGGAAAACAUUUGCCACUUUCUGAAGCAGCAAGAGCAGCUCUUUGUGGCCAAGCUGGAGGAGCAGGAGCAGACCAUCGGGCGCGCCGGGGAGACCUAUGGCGCACGAGUGUCCCAGGACGUCGCCCUCCUCGACCAGCUGAUCGGGGAGCUGGAGGCCAAGCAGGCCCAGCCCGAGUGGGAGCUGAUGCAGGACAUCGGAGCCAUCCUGCACAGGGCCAAGAUGGUGACCGUCCCCGAGCCGUGGGCCUCCCCUGAGGAGGUGGAAGAGAAGCUCCUCUUGCUCUCCCAGAAGUCAAAGUUCAUGGAGAAGAGCGUCAAGCAGUUCUCGGAAUCCCUGCGGUUGGAAAUGAAAACCUUGCACGUUCCGGAGCUGACCGUCGCUCAGGCACAUGCCACUGCUGUGAUGCUGGACCCAGCAACCGCGCACGCCAACCUCAUCUUGUCCGCGGACCUGAGGAGCGUGAGGCUGGGAAGCAAGUCCCGCCGCCUGCCCGACAGCCCAGAGAGGUUCGACAGCUGCAUCUUCACCUUGGGCCUCUCCAGGUUCACCGGUGGCCGCCACUAUUGGGAGGUGGAGGUGGGGAGCAAGACAGGGUGGAUCCUGGGCGUCUGCCAGGUGUCGAAGAGCAGGAAGGGCAGCAUCACCCUGACCCCAGAGACUGGGUACUGGGUGGUGAUGAUGACGAGGCAGCACGAGUACCAGGCGUCCACGCUGCCCCCGACGUGCCUGCGGAUGAAGGAGCCCCCCAGGCGUGUGGGCGUCUUCCUGGACUACACAGUGGGAAGCGUUUCCUUUUACAACGUGACAGCCAAGGCCCACGUGUACACAUUCACCAGCCCCCCUCCUUCCGGGCCCCUUCAGCCAAUCUUCAGCCCCGGGACACAUGAUGGAGGGAGAAACAUGGACCCCCUGACCAUCUGUCCAGUGGGGGGGCCGGGGUCCCACUGAACGCCCAGCACUUUGCCUCUCCACGCUCUUGGCCUUGCGUCUGGGAUUCAUACACUCGAGUCAGGAUUGAGCCCUGGUGGUGGCCACCUGCUGUGGGGACCCGGCCCUCUGCCCCCGGAGCUGGCGAACAGUAGCAGACACAGCUGGGCACACGGAUGUCGAUAAACCGAGGGUGAGGCCAGAACACGAGUGCUGGUGAUCUCCUUGGAUUUCAGAGCAGGAAGUAGGUGACUCGGACUGAAUCCUCCCAUGGAUCAGCACCCUCAGCACCCGUGAGGCAGAGCUCCCACCUCGCUUGCCCUCAGGGCCCCAGACCAAGGGUGUGAGCCCUUCAUUCUGUCCUCCUGUGUGUUCGUACCUGGAUUAAUGAACUAAGGUUCUUAAAAGUACUGAGUGGGCCUCACGGAUCA